AUGGCAACGUCGUCUACACCAGCCGAUGACUCCUUCCAACUUUAUGAUCUCCGCAUCGAAGUUAUUUGUCCACCCUCGUCUAAAAUUCUCUGUGGCGCCAAGGAAGGCGAUCAUUUUACCCUUGAGGGAGAGAUGCUUCAUCUGCCUGCUGGACAGGGGAUCAGUAUCUAUAGUUUAUCAUCUGUACUUCCUCUCCUAGCAGCAAAACAACGUUUUACACAUGCAAAUGAUUGGAUGACGACAGAUGGUUUAAUUGCAUGUCCAGAUCCUAAUUGUGGGAGCCAGUUGAAAAUUACCAGGACGGGUUUGAGGACGUUUAAACAUGGGGAAACUACGGUUGUGGGAUUGGAGGGGAAUGUUUAA